GCCCCCGCUCCUCCCACACAGACGCAGAGAGGCAGAAGGACAACGAAGAAGAGUGACGCUGCGGCGGUUUGCGGCGUGGGCGCCCCUUCCCGCCGGUGCCGGCUGCUGGCGGCGCCACUCGCGGCGGCCGCCUCCGCCUCUCUCUCCCGCGCCCCCCUCUCUCACUCCCGCGAGCACGUCGUUGUUUUUUCUGCGGCUGCGGGCGCGUCUGACUGCGCGGUGCCGGUUGCGUGCCAAGGCGGCGGCCGAAGUUCCCGGCCGCGAGGCGGCAUCGCCGCGGCGGGGUCUGUUUGGCGCGGCGGCGGGGGGUGCCUGGGCGCGCGAGGAGGGGAGGGGGAGGGGCCGGUUCCGUCGCAGACGCGUUUCCGCGUCGCGGCAGGGCGGGGGCACCGCUGUCGCAGAAAUUGGGGCCGUCGUUGUGCGUGCCGCGCGGGCGGCGCCGAAGAAGCGGAGGAGCCGCGGGGGCCCCUGCGAGAGGGCUGCGGCGACGGAGGCCGGCUCUUUGCGGUCGUGCGCCGGAGGUUGUUGGCGACGGACUCGCGUUCGCACCACCUUCCCGGCCGUGAAAAAACGCGGCGUGCCGAAGGAGCCGCGGCGGCUCCAUCGCCGUUGA